UGAUUAUCCUACCGUUGUUGGGCUGAUUGGUGGCAGUGGUCUCAGUAAAUCCGGUGGUUGGGUUUACAUGUUUUAGUUGUAUGGGAGGCUGGGAAAGUCAGUCUCGCUCACAAUAGCUCUAGUUCCACCCUCAACGUUCCAUUCUUUCCUCUACUCUUCUGUCUGACUUUAUCGUUUAUUGUAUUUUUCUACACUUCUCGACGGCAUUUCACAUUCCAGCUGUUUGUCGUUGUGAAGGUGUCGCCGUUGUGUGGCAUUUUCAAACUUGUUGGCUGCAAACUAUACGAUCGGUGAUUAAAGCGGUCAAGUUUUUGGGACCGCUGUAGCCAACAAUCGGGGCUCAGAGAGCGUUGUCGAUUGCCUCGAAUCCUAUUUCUCAGGCUCGCUCGCCUGAUAUAUAUCAGACCAAUUAUGCAUUCCUCCCGGAUACUACAAUCGGCCGCAUCGAUCCUCGCUUUACUGGCCCAAUGUCGACUCUCCGAGGCGACUCCGCUCGAAUUCAAGGAAACCGAUGAAAACGGCCUAGAGAAGCGUUGUGAUAACCUUUGCGGUUACUAUCAACAGCUUUGCUGUGCGUCAAGCGAAGUCUGCAGUACAAAUAGUGCCGGUGAAGCUGUCUGUGUCGCCUCAACCACUAGCAGCGGCAGCGGGAGUUGGGAAUACUAUACCACCACUUACGUUGUGACAGAAACCGGUGCGACGACGGUCACCUCUGUAUGGAGCACCUGGGUCGCAACCACCACAGGAAGUUGCCGAGCUGAUCUCGGUGAAACUACCUGCGGUAGUGACUGCUGCGGCGCCGCGUAUGUCUGCACCAACAACCAGUGUGUUUUGGGCAGUACAUCAGUUUGGGCCACUGAAACCGAAACCGCGACAGCCCCAGUGCGUGGAACAAGCACGAGCACUGUUACCCAAACCGUUUCUCCAACAGUUACUCAAGGGUUCGACGCUCCUGUAACCACCGACGGCGUAGCCGCGUAUGGGGUGGACGCACCGGACCAUGGCGGUCUAAGCGGCGGAGCCAUUGCGGGUAUCGUGAUUGGAACAAUCGCAGGCGUGUUUUUGUUGCUUCUUGUUUGCGCAUGUUUUUGUUGCCGUGGCAUAAUUGAUAGUCUUCUCGCUUGCCUGGGUAUCGGAAAGCGCAGGAGGACAGACACAACAUAUGUUGAAGAGCACUAUUCCCAACAUGCACAUGGAGCUCGACCCGAAGGCCGUACCUGGUUUGGAGCUCGACCAUCAGGACCCGACCAGGGCGGCGAAAAGAAAUCUCGCUGGAGUAAUCUCGCCACUAUUGGAAUUAUCAUCGGCGCGCUUGCGCUUUGCCUGGGCUUGAGACGGAAGAGAGACCAGGAUGAAAAGAGUGACUACACCUACCCGAGUUACUAUAGUUACUACACCAGCACAACUAGCGACAGCUCAGACCGACGAACCCGACAGAGCAGGCGAUCGAGAAGAUCCGGGUCUCGAACACAUUCUUAACGAUUAAUGAUGCAAUGCUGAAGUAAAAUGCAUGAUAAAUGUCUUUAUUUUUUGGUCGAUAUGAUGAUGAUUUCUUGUGAUUUUUCUUUCCAGUGAUUAAGCCUUUGUAGGCUGUAUGAAUUUUCGAAUCUUCCCCUUCGCCAUCCCUCUGUGGUUGAAAAUGCUCUGGUUCUGGGUUCGCGAGCGGCGGAUAUGGAUGUAAAUAUGUGAGACGGAAUAUAGUGCAAC